AUGGGCACACCCAAAGCUGAUGGUGGCAUGGGAUUUAGGGACAUCCAUCACUUUAACCUUGCACUUCUUGCAAAGCAGUGUUGGAGGCUCAUACAAAAUCCUAAUUCCUUAUGGGCGAAAUGUUUGAAAGGCCAAUAUUUUCCCAAGUGCAGUUUUAUGGAGGCAAAGAAAGGGUAUCGUGCCUCUUGGGGUUGGUCUAAUUUAAUUGAAGCAAGAGACUUUUUCAUGGGAGAAGGCUGCUUUUGGCAAGUGUCUAAUGGCAAUGACAUCAAUAUCUGGAAGGACAAAUGGCUGCCCCCUCCUAAUGCAGCUAAGGUGAGGGUUAUUGGUGAUAUUUCGGCUAAUGAUCCUAGUUCGGUGGGCUCUUUUAUUGAUUGGGAUUUGAGAGGGUGGAACACCACUGCUAUUGAUCAUGUCAUUCAUCCACAAGACAUACAGAGAAUUGUUGACAUUCCUAUUGGUGAUGGGGAGGUUCUGGACUGUUUUUUAUGGCCUUGGAAUAAAAUCGGUGUGUACACAGUCAGAAGUGGCUAUCAUUGGUACCAUACUUCUAUGUCUAUUCCUAGAGCUCCUAGCAUCGGUUCCUCUCACCAGUUUGAUCCCAAGAUAUGGAAGAUUUUAUGGAGCAUCAAAACUCUUCCUAAAGUCAGAAUUUUCUUAUGGAGGGUACUACAUGGGGCAGCUCCAACUAUGCACAGCCUACACAAGAGAAAGAUCGUUUCGAACCCUCUGUGUCCUGUGUGUGGAAAAACAGAAGAGACAUUUGAACAUCUCCUCCUUCUGUGUCACUGGGUUAACCCAAUCUGGUUUGGGUCCCCACUUGGAAUUAGAAUUGAUAAAAGGAAGAUUACUACUUUUGAUAGAUGGCUUAUUAGUAUCUACAAUCACUGCCCAUCUAGUGAAAGGGAAGCUGUACUUACAUUGAUUAGUACUAUCUGCUGGGCCAUCUGGAAAGAGAGGUGUCAUUUUGUCUAUCAACAUAGAGAGGUGUCUCCGCCUUUUACUAUUAGAGCUGCCCGAAAUCUUGCCUUGGAGUUCCGUCAUGCCUCAGCGUCUAUGCGGAAUUCCCGAGUUCCGAGACUGCACAUGCAAUGGCUUCCUCCUCCCUUUGGUCACCACAAGAUCAAUUCGGAUGCUUCUUGGUUCCCACCGGAUCAUACUGGAGUAGGAAUUGUGAUAAGAGACUCGAAUCGGGUCAUGAUUGCUGGCUCUAGCCUUUUGAAGAAGUGUGGAUCGGUUACAGAUGCGAAAGCUGUUGCUUUACUUGUCGGUUCUGAAUUGGUUGCCUCCCUGCAAUUACAAAAUAUCAUUUUCGAGUCGGACUUAGAAGAAGUCAUUACAGAAAUCAAUAAGAAUCACAACAAGGUAAACUGGAGAACUCAUCUCAUCAUCCAACAGAUUAGAAGAAGUUGCUCCAUGUUUAAUUCUUGUAGUUGGGUUUGGAUUCCUAGAGAAGCGAAUAGAGUGGCGCAUGUUGCCGCAUCGCUUGCCUUCAGAAGUGUGGAUCCUUUGUGA